AAGGAAACGAAACUUAAAGUGGCUCCUGGACCAGAAACUGCGGCUGAAUAUUCUGCUCAGAAAGUCAGCAGACAGACGGACACUUUCACACGGACGUUUGGCUGCAGGAUGAAGAUGAAGCUGCUCUUUGUUCCCGUGGUGCUCAUAUCAGCACUGGGAAUCGCAGACUGUACAACAACUCCAAAAGCACCUCCGACAACAACUCCGAAAACACAGUGGACACCACAGUGGACAACAGGGUGGACAACAUGGUGGACAACACAGUGGACAACAGAGGCUCCUGGACUGAAUCUGCGAGGGAAGAUGUUCACUUUGUCUCGUUAUUCGUCAGGAGUGACCCUCUAUCAUCCUUACUUUUCCAUCUCUUCCUUGUCCUUGACACCUGAAACCGCGGUAAAAGAAGAGACCAAGGCAAUAGAAGAAACCGAAGCAGGAGUAAAGGAAAGUCCCCCCGCCCAUCCCUACCCCAGCCCUCCAUACUGGACCACAGCGCCUCCCAGGACAGGUGUGUCCGUGUGUCUGCGUUACAUGAUCGACCAUCUGGACCAAAGAUCGUCCACAGUCUUCACACUCAGUCCAUCUGGCAGUUUUCUGAGCCUUGUAGACAAUUACGCUUCCUCAUACGCAGUAAGAUAUUACUAUUCCAAUUCUGUGAACCUGCGACCCAGCGUCAGGCUCUGGUCAUUCACAUCGCCGAGUGCCUGGACCAGUGUCUGCCUCACCUUAGACAGCAACAGGAGGGUGGUCCAGCUGUUCCAGGGGCCAUUCAUGAGCAUCAGGAAGGUGCUACCUGUUCAGUUUGUCUGGUCAGGUGAGCCUGUGAUGGAGUUUACAGGUACUGACGGUCAGGUGAAAGAUGUCCAGGUGUGGAAUUAUCCUCUCCGCUACAAAGAAGUCUACUACUACAUGACUGAUGACUCGUACUGGUCACAGCAGGGCAACAUUCUCAGCUGGUCCCACGUCAGAUACUCUGUCCAAGGACAAUCCUUUCUAGAGGACUCCUACGAGUCGCAGACAAAACAAUCAAUCAAGAGAGGAAGUCGCCUGUCCAGGAAGUUUUUCUCUGUUGGGAAGACCAAGGACUCAGAGAGAGAGAUGAUUUAAUCCAAAACAUAAUAAAUGCAUAAUCAGAAAAUUUUAAAUAAAUGAUUAAGAACCAAUAAUUCCCAGUGACAAAUAAAUCACAUUCAAAUAUCUGAUUUGAUAAAAAGUGUUUGAUUCUGUUGACAAGAAGACCAACUAUUCUCACUAAUGAGCUAAAAUCUGAAAGCCAAUCAGUUUUUACCAGUGCAAUUGUUUCUUUUAUUCUGUGUAUUACUAAAGCACAAUAAAUCUGGAAAACUCA